CGGAUUUGAACAUCAGAUAAUAAUUGGCAACCGGAAGUUUGUGUGUUGUCUGUUGCCAGUAACGCCAAGGACUUUUGUUUGGCGCCUUUACGGGCCGGUCGGUUUUUACUGAUAAAUUUGUCAAAUUGCAUCAAACAAACACAAAUUCCUGCUAAAUAUAAUGGGGGACAAAGGAGACGGAGAAACCUUUGAUGAUGCCGUUGAAGAGAGGGUAAUCAAUGAGGAGUACAAAAUAUGGAAGAAGAAUACCCCGUUCUUGUAUGAUUUGGUGAUGACACACGCUCUGGAAUGGCCCUCGUUAACUGCUCAGUGGCUUCCAGACGUGACCAGACCCGAAGGCAAGGACUACUCCGUUCAUAGAUUGAUCUUGGGCACACAUACAUCAGACGAACAGAACCAUCUACUGAUUGCCAGUGUUCAGCUGCCGAAUGAAGAUGCACAGUUUGACGCCAGCCACUACGACAAUGAUAAAGGAGAAUUUGGUGGCUUUGGCUCAGUGUCGGGUAAAAUCGACAUUGAGAUAAAGAUCAACCAUGAAGGUGAGGUGAAUAGGGCACGUUACAUGCCCCAGAACCCCUGUGUCAUUGCCACCAAGACACCUUCCUCCGAUGUGCUGGUCUUUGACUACACUAAGCAUCCGUCAAAGCCUGAACCUUCCGGCGAGUGUCACCCUGACCUUAGAUUGCGAGGUCAUCAAAAAGAAGGCUAUGGCUUAUCCUGGAACCCCAACCUAAAUGGAUAUCUUCUGUCUGCCAGUGAUGACCACACAAUCUGCCUGUGGGAUAUAAACGCGACGCCGAAGGAAGGCCGCGUGAUCGAGGCCAAGUCAGUCUUCACAGGACACACCGCCGUCGUCGAGGACGUGGCCUGGCAUCUGCUGCACGAGUCAUUGUUUGGAUCCGUCGCUGAUGAUCAGAAGCUCAUGAUUUGGGACACUAGGUGUAACAACACUUCGAAGCCCUCUCACACAGUGGACGCGCACACCGCGGAGGUGAACUGCCUCAGCUUUAACCCCUACUCCGAGUUCAUACUAGCCACAGGCAGUGCUGAUAAAACGGUGGCGCUAUGGGACCUGCGCAACCUGAAGCUGAAGCUGCACUCGUUCGAGUCGCACAAGGACGAGAUCUUCCAGGUGCAGUGGUCCCCGCACAACGAGACCAUCCUCGCCAGCAGCGGCACCGACAGGAGGCUUCACGUCUGGGACCUGUCCAAGAUCGGCGAGGAGCAGACGGCAGAGGACGCGGAGGACGGACCUCCGGAACUGCUGUUCAUACACGGAGGCCAUACUGCCAAGAUAUCCGACUUCUCCUGGAACCCUAACGAGCCGUGGGUCAUCUGCUCUGUGUCGGAAGAUAAUAUUAUGCAGGUAUGGCAAAUGGCUGAGAACAUAUACAAUGAUGAAGAACCGGAGACGCCCGCCUCGGAACUGGAGUCCGGCGUCAACGUCAACCACGGCUAGCCGCCCAACCGCUAACUGUGCACUCACUCGCUAAAUACAUACGGGACUACUUACUAUAUGGCCACUGAACAUUCAUGGUGAGGCGUAGAUAAACCAUUUAUUGCUGUCAAAGUAAUAGCGAUGUUGUUGUCAUUGAAAUAGAAGCUAAAAUCAAUUAACGUAUUAGAGUUGUUUUAAAGCUCGAUGUCGUUCCGAGCACUAGUCCGCGCAAGUGUCGAAACUAAUUUUGAAACUCGACUUCGAAGAAAAACAAAAGACGUUUGGUCGUAAUAAAAUUUGUUCUCGCUGCUGAAGUGAAAAGUUUUGUUUGAUAGAUAAGAGCAAAGGUUUUAACACCUCUUGCCUUUGAAACCUAUUCUAGAAUCACUCCAAUACGUAUGUGAUUCAAACAGAAUCCUGCACUUGCUCGGGAUUCAAAAUCUGCACUUGCAGUAGACAAGAACAUUGCUCACUUGUAAACACAAAUACCUAUUCUCCACUAAAGUCGAACAUUGAUUACAUUCAAGUUAUUAAAGUUUUGUUAAUUGAUUUUAGAUAUUAGGUACUUCAAUGAAUGUAAUGUCGACUAUAGUUUGACAGCGAAAAAUGAGUCUCGAUGCUCUCCAUCAUAUCUGUGCGGGCCCCAACUGUGCAUACUACCCUAUUGUGACAAUCUGUUACGUCACUUUGGCCCAAAAUACAAAAUUCAGGUUAACAAAGGACCUUUUGGUGAGCUCUUUCAUAUCUGUGGUGAGUUUCAUUUUGUUUUGUUGAAUUAUUUCCAGGGUAGAGGCUAGUUUAUUUAGUAAUUCAAUCAGAAUAUUGAUCUAAAUACAUCAAUUAGUUCCCAAAGUUGGAGCACAUAAUAAAUUGGAGUUAAAAAAAUUUGAUGUUUAAACAAAACUAAUGAAAUAUGAGUAAGGGUACUUCAGAAACCUAUUUCAGAUUACUUUUUUUAGCAUUAUCGAGAAAAUGAAAGGGCUCAAAGCUUUAGGUGUAAGGUAAAAAAUAAAUUGGUAUGUUCAACAAGUACAUAAACUGUACGAUAUUAGAAGAUAAGAUGAAAAGAUGCUACAAUCGUUGUUUGUGGUGACUUUGUUAUCGAAAAGAAAAUUUGAAUAUUUUUGCAUAAUCUGAAAUUUAUUUUUGAGUCCACGUUUUGUAAACAUACAGUUUAGUUGUUUGUGCUUGAGUUAGCCCAUUGGUGGGAACUUUUAGGAGGUAAGGGUCAUUUCCGUGUUUGUUAACCCCCUCUUGUCUUCUAUGAUAAUAAAUCGAUCUCGUUUCGGACUGUUAACAUAAUAAAACUUCAUUAACUGUGGCAAUUCUAGACAAAAAACAACUGGAAAAAAAAUCUCGUAUUUGUAGACUGAGGACUUGGGUUUUAUUAAGUUUGCCAAAUUCAAAAGGCCUGUAGCUAAGCUACUAUGCCCUUUUUCGUAAUAUGCCUGCUAAAACAAACAGGGAUCUCGUUUCGAUCUCGCUAUAACCGCCGAAAGACAAUCUAGAGGGUUAACAAAUUAAAUAUAAAAAACCGAUAAGCUAAGUAAGCUGUAAAUUUAGUUUUAUGUAAUGUUUCUGCCUUUGGGCUGGUCAAUAUGGAAAGGGUCCAAUAAUGAGUGGUCUGUAAGCACAGGAAUCUCACGUGCACUUUCAGUUUAAUGAAUUUUGGAAAAUAUUUUAUAUACAUAUUGUGAAAUAUUCUAGUUUAUUUUAUUGUAAAAUAAAUGUGCUUACAGACCACUGAAGUGCGUUGCGACAACACUACACGCCAUAGAGACACUUCGCUAGCGACAUAUUAAUUCCAUUCUUUAAUUUAUUGUUUCUUUCCGAUAAGUCACAAGGACGUGUUUCUGUUGUAACUGUCAUUGAUACGAUAUUAAGGGCCUCUUUCACGGCCGAAGUAUUCCACAUUACAUAUAAUGUAUAAUUAGAUUUAAUUGAUAACAUUACCCUGUUACUAAUAAACGUGUAGUGUGUAGCAUUUGAUAGCUUAGCUGUCAUAGUUUAUAUUCGCAAUACGUAAACAUUCUCCGUGAAUGAUAUGCUAAGCUAUCGAAUCGUAGUGUCUCGAUGUAUUUGCAUGUUCAAUUUUUAGUCUACGGUAACUGUAAUAGCACAAAGUGAAAGAUGCCCUUUCCCUGGUGACGCGACUGACCGACGGUAUUUUAUAAUGUUAAUGCAGUAAUGGAAUAAUUUUAAGCUCUGCUAAUUACCUAUUAUGAUUAAAAGUAUUGUAAUUA